CUGCAGCACAGGAAACCCCGUCGCGGCUUUCACAGGGGACCCAAGAUGGCCGAAUCUUCACAGUGGGGCUAAUAAUUACUUUUCGUCAAGACGCUGCUAUUUCAUGGUGCUCGACGGUCGCGCUGGCCAUUCGCCGUCCCGGAAAGUGAAACGAGCGAGUCUAUUCGAUUAGUUACAUAGGGGGAUGUUUAUCUAUGUGUGAAGAGACUGGCUGGUCCAUCCGCGGCCCUUAGCCAGAAUAUGGCGGAAUACUUGGAGAAAAUAUAGCUUAGCUUAUUAUGAACGUGCCGCUUUAUACACGACCCUUCCCGCCUUUUCACCGACCGCGCGCGAGUAUAACGAUCAAAUAGCGUUAUCGGUACGUCUUUGGAGUUCAUUCGCGCGCGUUUCGAACAUUUCUGGGUUAAAAUGACUCGCGCCAGUAGAUAGCCUGCUAGCUGAGGCGCUAGCUACGCUAACCCCGUUUGACUGAAUUAGUCGCAGCGUUAGCAUAGCCUAGCUAGCUUAAAGUAAAGGGGCACGGAGGAAAAGAAACACAUUCUGCGUUCGUGUUCUGGCUGAAUGCUUUUAAACUCAUUUCUCACCGUUGCACGGCCUUUAGAAACGGAGGAGCGUUUUUCGUGGUUGCGUUUAUAAAAAGUUCAAAGUAUUGAGUAUGUUGUGGAGAGCCUCGGCUGCACACAGCAGCUAGCUGACCACCGCUAGACUGGUCAGAAUAAUUCUUCUGGACUGCAUGCGUUUACUGUGAUAGACCCCACAACAACAUACUGCAUCAGCUUCGCGACAGCUUGCCAGUGAAUGCCAUACAUUUCAGCUUGAAGUUGACCGCAGAUUCUGUUGCACCUUGCUAACCGAGGACGUUGAAAUUUAUUGAAUCAAGGGCAAAAGCCGGUUUGAGAGUUACUUGCAAGGAUGACUGACACUCGUAGACGAGUAAAAGUGUACACUCUGAAUGAGGACCGCCAGUGGGAUGAUCGGGGGACGGGACAUGUGUCAUCCGCUUACGUGGAGCGGCUGAAAGGCAUGUCUCUCCUGGUGCGCGCCGAAAGUGAUGGGUCACUGCUGCUGGAGUCCAAAAUCAACCCUAACACCGCCUAUCAGAAACAGCAGGACACAUUAAUAGUAUGGUCUGAGGCUGAAAACUAUGACCUAGCUCUCAGCUUUCAGGAGAAGGCUGGUUGUGAUGAGAUCUGGGAGAAAAUAUGUCAGGUGCAGGGAAAGGACCCCUCUGUAGACAUCACCCAGGAGCUGAUAGAUGAGUCUGAAGAGGAGCGCUUUGAUGACAUGUCCUCUCCUGGUCUUGAACUUCCGCCAUGUGAGCUCUCCCGGCUGGAGGAAGUGGCUGAGCUGGUGGCGUCAUCCUUACCUUCUCCGUUACGGCGGGAAAAACUGUCCCUGGCGCUGGAGAAUGAAGGUUACAUCCGCAAACUGCUGGAGCUGUUCCGAGUGUGCGAGGACUUGGAGAACCGUGAAGGCCUGCAUCACCUCUAUGACAUCAUCAAAGGCAUUUUCCUCCUUAACCGCACAGCGCUUUUUGAAGUCAUGUUCUCCGAAGAAUGCAUCAUGGAUGUGAUCGGAUGUCUGGAGUUCGAUCCGUCGCUACCCCAACCACGGCGGCAUCGAGAAUUCCUCACCACCACGGCACGGUUUAAAGAGGUCAUUCCCAUUUCAGACCCGGAGCUGCGGCAGAAGAUUCAUCAGACGUACCGCGUGCAGUAUAUUCAGGACAUGGUGCUGCCCACCCCCUCUGUCUUUGAAGAAAACAUGCUUUCCACGCUGCACUCCUUCAUCUUCUUCAACAAAGUGGAGAUUGUUGGCAUGCUGCAGGACGAUGAGAAGUUUUUGACUGAGCUCUUUGCACAGCUAACUGAUGAAGCCACAGAUGAUGACAAACGGCAUGAGCUGGUAAAUUUCCUGAAGGAGUUUUGUGCGUUCUCACAAACGUUACAACCACAGAACAGAGACGCAUUCUUCAAAACUCUGUCCAACAUGGGUAUCCUGCCAGCGCUGGAAGUUAUUCUUGGCAUGGAUGAUGUUCAUGUGCGUGGCGCAGCCACUGAUAUCUUUUCCUAUCUGGUGGAGUACAACCCCUCCAUGGUGCGAGAGUUUGUUAUGCAGGAGUCUCAGCAGAAUGAUGAUGACAUUCUGUUGAUAAAUCUGAUCAUUGAGCAUAUGAUCUGUGACACGGAUCCAGAGUUGGGUGGAGCCGUACAGCUAAUGGGCUUGCUCAGGACACUAGUGGACCCAGAGAACAUGCUGGCAACUGCUAAUUCUAUGAACUUUGUACUUCAAUUGUAUAGUCUUGCUAUGCCAUUAAAGUGUUAA